AUGCCAGCCAGGCCAACUGAAGCAAUCCAAGUAUUGAAUGAAACUCGGUCAGCUAUUGAGAACAAUGUUUCCAGCAAGUCCAGAAAAAAAAUCAGCUUGCAAGUCGAUUCAACAAUCGAAAAACCAAAUAAAUCCAAGAAAAGAAAAAAAUCACGCCAUGCACUCGAAGACACCUUGGAAGAAGAAAUGAUUCCAGAACCCGAUCAAGAUCGACAGAGUAAGAAAAAAAAGAAAAAGAAAAAAAGUUUAUCGGAAAAAGAUAAUCCAAGAGCUGACAUUGAGAAGGAAGCUAGUAACAGAAUUUCUUUCGGAAGAGCACCAAGAAGCAGUCCACUCUUCCAUAAGAAGAACGUAACAAUUCCACUGAGUACUGAUCAGUAUUUGGAAAAAAAGAAAAUCAACAUUGUCAGAAUCGACUAUAUCAGGGGAGGUCCACCUGAUCUUGAACAGAAGAAAAACGAAGAAAGUCCAGAAGAGAAACAUGAGCAAAUGGAUACUGAAGAAAAUCGAAGUGAGGAACUGCCAAAACCUGUCAAUGAAUUAGCAAUAGAAGAAGUGGUUACAGAAGCACCCGUGACUGCGUGCAAAGAAGCUUUAGGCGCUAAACCGAAGGUGACUCUCAACAACUCAAAAUCAGAUAUUUGCGAAACAGUCCCAGAGACUGUCUCACCGAACAAGUCAGACUUGAAAUCUGCGACAAUUCUACCAUGGCCAAGAAUUUUCAGAACUCCAAAAUGGAGAAAGCAACAAGCUGAGGCAGAAAAAAACAUAAAAUUUCAUCAGGGAAACCUUGCAUUAGUACCUGAAUAUUCUGAUUCUGAAUCAGCCAAAGAAAAGACAGUUCUCAAGGAAGAUUCUCGAGAUAGUGACAAAGCACCCCUGGAGACAAAUCAUGUGUCAGAGAAAAAGACUGAAGAUGUUUACUCUGCAAGAAACGUUGUCCUAGAAGCAGAGUCAGGUCCUAGCCAGUCAGAACUUGAAGAAGUGUCGACGUUUUCUUCAAGUUACGUGGACUUGUCUUCUAUAUCCGAAGAUAAGUUGCUGCAAACCUCCUUUGACGUGUAUGAAAAGCGUUCGAAAUUGCCAUCUGAAACCUGGUUCAUAAACCUUUAG